CGCCUCCAGGCAAGCACGUUUCUCCGCAGUUGAUACGAACUCCACCAAAAAACAGGCAGCUCUCAAAGGGCUCGAUUCUCAGAGCAUACGCGCCCGCAACCCAGCGCGUUCGGUUCAGAGUUCACUCUGUACCAGGCCUUAUUUCCUCUGCUAAGGGACUCUCGAAACGAUCGCCGGCAUGCCUGAACCACUCUCGUCCCCGAACCCGAUCCCUCCCCGCACUAGCUCAACCGGUGUCACAAAUGGAGCAACCUACUCGCCUCCCGCACAAAAUAUAAUACUGAAACCCGUCUCCGAGGAAGAAUGGAUCGCAUCUUCGUCUAGAAAGUCACACAACCGCACCUUAUCUCCCAGCUCGACCAACGGCUGCGGCGCCCCCUGUGAAGCGAAGAUCUGUACCAAAACGGUGAUCAGCAAUAUCGACGGAAUGUGGUCCGUGGAGAAGGAGAGGAUCCUGCUGGGUCCCUAUGAAUAUAUGGUACACCAGCCGGGCAAGGACAUACGCAGACAGCUCAUCGCGGCGUUUAAUCGCUGGCUACAAGUUCCCGAGGAGAGCCUGGCUGUUAUCACCAAGGUCGUGUUGAUGCUUCAUACAGCUUCUCUGCUAGCUAAUAGUGCGGUUUUGAUAUGCAGUGUAGAUGAUGUCGAAGAUUCUUCGGUCCUGCGACGAGGUGUUCCGGUAGCGCACAAUAUUUUCGGGACCGCGCAAACGAUUAAUUCAGCAAAUUAUAUAUACUUCUUAGCAUUGGAUGAGAUCCAGAAGCUGCGAAAUGCCGAUGCGAUCGGAAUAUUUACUACGGAACUAUUAAAUCUACAUCGAGGCCAGGGAAUGGAUUUGUUUUGGAGAGACACGCUCACAUGUCCGACCGAAGAGGACUACCUAGAGAUGGUGGGAAACAAGACGGGAGGAUUGUUCAGAUUGGCUAUCAAGCUCAUGCAGGCUGAGAGCGAAGUCUCCGUUGACUGCAUCCCCCUCGUGAACUUGAUGGGCCUCAUCUUUCAGAUCUGCGAUGACUAUCUCAACCUCUCCAACCCAACCUACAGCAAAAAUAAAGGCCUUUGCGAAGACCUAACAGAGGGAAAGUUCUCCUUCCCCAUUAUCCACUCGAUCCGCUCCCAGCCAGAUAACCUACAACUUAUUAAUAUCCUAAAACAAAAAACGAAAGACGAUGAGGUCAAGCGGUACGCGAUUAAUUAUAUGGAGAGCACCGGCAGUUUUGCGUAUACGAGAAAAGUGGUCUCACAGCUGCGUGAUAAUGCUUUAAUGGUGAUUGACGAACUUGAAACUACCUUAGAGCAAGCGCAAGAUGGCCAGAGUUCCAAAGCUGAAGGGAGCGGGGAGAUGGUGCGGUCGAUUCUGAACAGAAUCGUUGAGCCAACCCUGAAGCCAUGAUUGGAGGUCUAAAGUUCUUUUCUCUUAUGCAUAGCUCAUAUUUUUCGGUGGUCAUACGUCCCGGUGUUUUCCUGUAUGGGUCAGGGCGGAGGGUGUUUUCAUAUGAUAUCAAAUGGUGCGGGAAGGAUAUUUGGUUUGGAGAGCCCCUUUGAAUCAAGGUUGUUUUCCUUAUGGUAUGGGCAAUGGUGUUUCGCGUAAAAUUGUCAUUAGGCGGGGGCAACUCACUCAUUCGCGUACAUAUCCGAUAUUGGGAUUUCCGGAUAGAAGCAAGCGAGUUCGAGGAUAUUGUUUCCUAGGCUGAUCGCCUUUAAGCUGGUGUUUGGUAUAUAUUUCUAAGCGACCCGCAAACCUAACUAAGGGUAUCAACAAAUA